AUGGAAGAUUUUAAACAAAGUGUAAACACCUACAGCUCAGAAGGAAGAAUACAUCAGAUUGAGUAUGCAAUGAAGGCGAUGAAUCUUGGAACAACAACAAUAGGAAUAAGAACCAAGGAUUUUGCAAUAUUGUGCUCUGAGAAGAAAAUAUUAUCUACUUUGCAGAAUCCUAGAACAGUAGUGAAACAUUAUGAGAUCUACGACCACAUUGUGCUUGGCUUUUCGGGGAUAAGCGGAGACACAAAGACUAUUGUAAAGAAAUCUCGAGAUUUUUGCAUUUCUCAUAUGCAUAUGUAUGGAGAAAAUGCUAGUGUAGAGAGGCUUCUGAAGUAUCUUUCCAGCCUGAGUCUAAGGUUUGGAGAGGAGGACGAGGCUAAAAUGAUAUUUCGAAGGCCUUUUGGAGUCUCACUAAUUGUGGCAGGGUUUGAUAGCGAGCCCAGGUUAUAUUCUUUGGAUCCUUCCGGAUCAUAUGUUAGCUACAAAGCAAAGGCUAUAGGAUCCGGACAUGAAGUGGUUGAGGGUAUUCUCGAGAACGAAUAUGAAGAAUACAAGGAGCUUGACCAGUCCUUGAAAAAGGCUCUUUACACCCUGUCAAAAGUGAUGAAGGACAAGAUCAAUAAGGAGAAUGUAGAGGUUGUGACGGUUACAAAAGAGGGAAACAAGUUUCUGACUCCAGAAGAAAUAUCGGUAUAUCUAUGA